CCUUUCUCAGAGUAUUUUCCUCACAAUCAAACACACUUUUCGUUCAUUCCAACAGUCGUAGCAGCGUCUUCCUUUAAGUUUGUGGGAGUGAGCGAAAAACCAUGAGCCAAGCAGCAGCAGCAGCAGCAGCAGCAGCAGCAGCGCCCGAGCCGAGCGACUUGGUGCAGCUCGAUCAGACCGUGCUUGGAAGUUCGGACGGCGCUUCCGUCAUUGCCACUGCGCUCCAGCGCCGCUUUGCCGCUCAGCAGUACUCGACUUGGGCUGCCGAGUCACUGGUCGUGGUCAACCCGUUCUCGGAUGCGACUGGGUACACGAACGCUGCGAUCGCAGUCGGCCGAAACAAACCUCUAUCAAAGCGAGCAAUCGCACUGCAGCAAGGCGGAUUGUGCCGCUCGGGCGGGAAGCCAUCGGUCGCUGCGGCUGCAGAACAGGCAUUGCGCUCUGCCCUCCAGUCGGGCGAAUCUGGCUUGGUUGUGAUGCGCGGCCAGGCUGGCUCUGGCAAGUCACGCGCGGCCGAGGCAGUCAUCAGCCACCUUAUUCGCCGCUGUGCCACGCCUCGCAUCGACUAUGCCAAGCGCAUGGAGCAAGUGGAGAUUGUGUUCGCCGCCUUUUGCAAUGCGCGCACGCCCAACAACCCCGAUUCGACCCGCGUGGCCCGAUUCACCGACAUUUCCUUCACCAAUCGCACCCACUCACAGGCCGGCGCUUCGGUGCACAUCUAUCUCCUCGAUACAUGGCGGGUCGCGGACACGUUCGCCUUCCGCGAGCACAACUUUCACAUUUUUUACUACAUGGUGGUUGGCAUGGGCGCCAAGCUGCCUGGGCGUGCGCUUGCAUCCCACAUUUCCACCUUCCGCUACUUGCACCAGGAUGCGCACACGCAGAACUCCCUCGACGUGGCGGCCUUCCGCUUUCGCGAACUCACCUCCGCCUUGGAAGCCCUGGGCAUCCCUGCGAGCGAGCAGGACGAGGUCUUUGCCGUGCUCGCGGCCAUCCUCUACCUGGGCGAGCUCAAGUUUGUGCCAUCCGAAGCGGCCGGGACGGGUAGCGCGUCCUCCAUUGCUCUUGCACGCAUCGACAACGAGGCCGGCACGGUGCCUUCCUCGCUGAUUGCUUCCUUGCUUCACAUCCAGCGCCAGCGACUGGACGACAUUCUGCUCUUUGCGCCAGCCUCGAGUGCUGCACCGUCUGCAGCCGGCGCGGCGAUGGCAGCCCGCUCUGCUGCCAACAGCUUGCGCCCCAUGACUGUUGAGCAGUGCAGUGCAAACCGCGAUGGUAUUGCCCGAUCGCUCUACGAGCGACUCGUCGCGUGGAUUUUGUACCGCGUCAACGCCACCAUUGCCCCUCGUCCACAGCGCCCCGAUGAUCGCGAGAAGGUCUUGUCUGUUGGCGUGUUUGACAUGUUUGGGUUUGCCGCGCCAAACAUGUGUCGUUUCCAACACCUCAGCGUGAACAUGGCCAACGAAACGCUCCGUCACCUCUUUGUCGAGACUGCGUUUGGCAUGGAGCAGGCUGACAUUCAAGCCCUCAAUUGGGAGCCGCUUCACAUCAACUUUAUUCCAAACGAGCAGUGCGUUGCCUUCUUCCUUGGGCGUCCCAGUGGUUUGCUGGCCAUGAUUGAUCACGCGUCCUUGGCGACCAGCACGACUUCAGCCGGCUUUGUGAGUGACUUGGACCGCGCUUCAGGAACGCACGCGUGCUACGUCAAAAAGGCUGGCGUCAAGCCUUGCUUUGGCAUUGUCCACUAUGUGGGCACGGUCUUUUACGAUGCUGCAAGCUGCAUUAUUGUCAACCGCGACUACUCGCUGCCCCAAUUCCUCAACCUUCUCCACGAUAGUGACAGCUCCACCGUGCAGCAGCUCGGGCGCAUUGCCGUUGCCAGCUCUGGCUCGCUCAAGAUGAAUGUUCGCGGUCACGAAGCCGCCGCUUUGAACAAUGUCGGGCGCUAUCGUGCAUCUCUGCGACAGCUGAUCAACCGCGCAAGCUCGCAAAGCGUGAGCUUUGUGCAUUGCAUCGGCGCCAACGCAUCUGGCACUCACGCACAGUUUGACACCUCGUUCGUCCAAGGCCAAGUCAUGGCCAUGUCGCUCCUCGAGCUGACUUGGUCGCGCAAGUUUGGCUAUCCUGGCCGCUACCAGCACGACCGCUUUCUUGCACGCUUUGGCAUCCUGAACCGCCAGCCGGUUAACCAGUCAGUCGUCCCCAUUGACGCCUGCCGCGCUCUUGUUCAGCGCUUCGGUCUUUCGACUGCUCACGUGGCCCAGGAUAUGGUUCUUCUCAAGCUUGCUGACAUGGACAAGCUGGAAGCUGCCUGGGUGCGCCUCAACAAGGCCGCGUUGCUCUUCCAGCGAGUGCUACGACGACCGAUAUUCCGCCGCAACCUGAAUAUCGCGCGUGCAACGAAGCGAAACGCGGAAACUGACUCGUUUGUUACAUCGAAAGGCCCGUCCCGACCCAAGCCGCAGCUGGCGGACGGUGUUGUCGAUAAGCCCGACGCGUUGUCGAUCGAAGAUCUCGGCCUUCGUGACUACGAAGAGAUUGAAUCAGAUGCGUCAGACGACGAGUACGAAGAGCAAGCUGCUGCCGACGAGGCAGAGCUCGUCAAACUCGGGCUGGACCCCAUCUCCUCGGCUCCGCGUCCAAAACGCACCUGGUCGACGAGCAAGACGGGCUCUUCUGAGACGCUCAACACCCGGACCCAGAGAAACAUUCGGGCCCUGAUUACCGGUCUGCAAGUGGAGGCCCCAGUGGCGCAUCGGCCGCCCGUGCCGCUGAGACGGCCAGGCAGUAACAAACCCGAAACGGCACCCCCGCUGCCCCCGCGUAAUGCGUCGACGUCCGGACCUGGCUCCGCGGAUAGCAUUACGGGCGAAUUGAAUGCCCCCAACGUGUACGAGGGGUCGCCUCACGCAACACCUCAUGCACCCGUUUUGCAUCGCGUCAGCCCACCCAGUGUCGCCCCGCGCGGCCCGUCUCCUCCUACUCCAACGUCUCUGUCCAGCAAUGCUCCCAACAAGGCGGCCGACACCGGCUUUGGCGACGGUGCGAGUCGUGCCAGCUUCCGCCGUCAGCCCAGCAUCCCGCCUGCCACCCAUUCCCGGCCAGAAUCGCCCAGCCUCGCGGCCACUGCUGCAGGCGGCUCGAUCGGUGCAACUGCCGUCACCCUCAAUACGCCUGUCGGUCUGGUUGAAUUCCCGACGGGUUAUCACGGGAGCAUUUCUGGCAGUCAAGCCGAAGCGCUCCUGGCAAACCAGCCCGUGGGCACCUACGUGCUGCGUGAUUCUUCCAGUGGGAACAACUGGUCCAUCUCGCUCAAGGCCACGUCCCGCGUCAAGCAGUUCCACGUUGUGUGCGCGUCUCCCGGCCAGUUUUCCUUGAAGGGAUUCUCGGUCUUCUACCCAACCAUCGGCCUGCUCUUGGAGCAACUUGCCCGCGUUCCCUUCACGGAAGACGGCGAGCUUCUUGGGCGGCCGCUGCCUGGGCCUCACGACAACCGUGCUGGGAACACCGUGCCGCCUCCCCGCUCUGUGCCCGAGUUUGCGCACGAGGCCCCCAGGUCCCGACCUGGCUCUGCUACCGGUAGCACCCCACCUCCGAUUCUCACUUCUCGUCGCCCAGUGUCCAGCGUAAUGGCGCAGCCCUCGGCGAAUGCGACCCAGAUUUCUGCGCUGCAGCAGCAGUUACAGGCGAUUGACGACCGAGAGCGCUCGGCCAUGCAGGCGAAAAUUCGUGGCCAGCUUUCUGUUGCGGAAAUGGGCGUUCAACUCGCAGAGUUUGCAAAGCAACGCCAACAGCUGAAGAUGACCAUUUUGGAGUUGGAGGCAUCCGGUUCUCGUUGAUCGUGUUGUAGUCCGUGUUAGUCCGUGUUAGUCUGUGUAAAGGGGAGUCUGUUUGUUGGAGUCCUCCAGCGCUCGUCAAUCGGAGUUGUCUGUGUUAGUCUUUCCAAAAUGAAAUGCCUGUUUUUUUUUAUUGCAUCGAAUAGAGCAAGUAACUCGCC